AUGAGUGUAGACGCGAUCAUACACAAUGGGACCGAUGUUUUUUAUCUCAAGUCCUACCGCAGUCUCAAAGCUGCGAAUUCUGAGGUUACUUCAAAGCUCAUCCAAUUGGCCUUGGGCCGCCACAUACCCUUCCACUUCGUCUCCACUGCAGGGGUGACCUUCUUUUCCCAGCGAGCCGUCUUCGGAGACGAGUCCGUGUCGUCUUACCUGCCGCCUGCAGAUGGGCUGGACGGGUACACUUCUUCCAAAUGGGCGAGUGAACGAUAUCUUGAGAAGAUUCAUGAUUGGUUCGGGCUCUCCAAUACCAUUUAUCGGCCAAGCAGCAUCUCUCAUGAGGAUGCCACCGAAACUCUCGAGCUGAUGCCAAACCUUCUCCGACUCUCCCGAAUGUUGCAGGCAGUGCCGGUCUCACCUCAACUCCGCGGUAGUUUGAACAUCGUUGCACUAGACACAGUCGUUGACGGGAUCAUGAAUGAACUUCACUUGUCCCCAUCGACUUCGAACCCGCAACUGAAAUAUGCCAAUCUAAUCGGGGAUUCUGAUAUUCCUUUCUCGGAGUUAAAGGAAUACACUGAGAGGGAGACUGGAGUUGAGGCCUAG